UCGAGGCUGUGACUUUAGCGGAGUCAGUCGAUAACACACAAACGCUCUUAAACACAAACACAGAAUACAUGAAAUAUGAUUAAUGCUGUCGCGUUAAAUACAUUGCACAAGCGGUGGACUUAAAACACAGUGAGUCUGAGUUUUAUUUGUUUGCACAGAGAGUUCAUGUUGUCAAGCUGUGUUUUGGACUUCGCGCUAGCUUGUUAGCUCGUGGUUUGUUUGACAGAAAAACAGAAGACCAACGUUAACUUAAAUUCAGUCGGGUUUAAUUUCGUUUUAGCCCCAACAAACCACAAGACAAUCGCUAAACCUUUGAUAUUUCCUCAGACAGAGGUAUAUUAUUACUCGGCUGAGCUCAUUUUAAUGCAUUCGGUCAUAAUAAGAUGUAUUCGUGUGUCUCUGUGAAGUUGUCCUUUAUAAAUGUAACUGUUGAACAGCAAUAAUGACCUGUCAGUGUCAGAUAAACCUCAGUUUUAGAUUCAUCUAAUGGGUCUACCAUCAGUUAUGGCGUAUCGUUAGUGUCGCUGGAGGCUGUGGCUCAGAUCUCAGUCUGUUGAUAGUUUGAGGCGGUUGACAGGAGGAAAUCCACUACCUGUGUGUCAAAGGAGACUUUUCUGUCUUGAGCCACACGAGCAAGCGAAUUUAUUGUGUUUGGAGCUCAUAUUCAGGAUGGCAAAGCUUCAGUCCCGUAAUGGAGUGCAACGGAAGGACAGCAGGAGUCUGCGGGGCACUGUGGAGAGUCUGGCCGAGCAUGAGAGAUCCUCUCUGGACUCGGACUCUGAGCUCAACGGCUUGGCCAACACUGAGAUCCAGACUGACAAAUAUGGAUUCAUUGGAGGAGCUCAGCAGAACUCAGGAGAAAAUGAUAACCUUCCUCCAGAGGUGCUCCGACAGAGAGAAGCCAAAUGGCUGGAUAUGCUCAACAGCUGGGACAAGUGGAUGGCCAAGAAACACAAGAAGGUAAAGUUGCGUUGUCAGAAGGGCAUUCCUCCAUCACUCAGAGGUCGUGCUUGGCUUUAUCUUUCUGGUGGGAAAGUGAAGAAGGAACAGAAUCGGGGCAAAUUUCAGGAGUUGGACAGUCAGCCUGGAGAUCCUAAAUGGCUGGAUGUGAUAGAGAAAGACCUCCACAGACAAUUUCCAUUCCACGAGAUGUUUGUAGCUCGAGGAGGCCACGGGCAGCAGGAUCUGUUCCGUGUACUGAAAGCAUACACACUGCACAGGCCAGAGGAGGGGUACUGUCAGGCUCAGGCACCUAUAGCCGCUGUGCUGCUCAUGCACAUGCCCGCUGAGGAUGCAUUCUGGGGUCUGGUCCAGAUCUGUGAGAAGUAUCUACCCGGAUACUACAGCGCAGGCCUGGAGGCCAUCCAGUUAGACGGUGAGAUCCUGUUUGCUGUGCUCAAGCGGGUGUCGCCUGUGGCCUACAGGCACCUGAAGAAGCAUAAGAUUGACCCUAUCCUCUACAUGACUGAAUGGUUCAUGUGUGCCUUCUCUAGAACGCUGCCCUGGUCCUCCGUCCUGCGUGUGUGGGACAUGUUUUUCUGCGAAGGUGUGAAGAUCAUCUUCCGUGUGGGUCUGGUGCUGCUGAAAUGCAUGCUGGGAACAAAUGAGAAACUGAAAUCGUGUCAGGGCCAGUAUGAGACAAUGGAGCUGCUCAGAUCUAUUGAGCCACGAUACAUGCUGGAGACUUUCCUAAUGCAAGAGGUCAUUGAAUUGCCCGUUUCUGAGCGAGACAUCGAGAAGGAGCACAUCUCACAACUGCGCCGCUGGAAGGAGACUCGUGGAGAGCUGCACUGUAAAUCCCCACCCAGAAUGCACGGCGCCAAAGCCAUCAUGGCUGCCGAGCCGCCCAGCCGCCAGGACCUAAAACAAAACCCCACAAUCAUCGUGGAGCUGCCACAGGCCUCAGAGAGCCAGACAGAGGAAGAGAAAAAGACAAAAAAGACAAAAAACGAGAAGAAAAAAGACACAAACAACAUUUCGUCACCCCUUAAUCCAUACCCGUUACAGAGUGACAGCCCAUCACCCGAAUCACAGCACCUGCACAAAGACACACUUCUGCUGGGCUCCAAUCAGAGUCUCAGUAGUGCAGAGCACGACACUUACCUAUAAACAGUUUAUGAGAAAUUGGGAACCAUGACUGUGCUUGUGCAAACCGUUGAAUGUUUACUGACGGUGUUUUGAAGAGGGUCCCGCCUCCCCACUCUCAGGUCUUUGCAUCACAGGGAGUUCAUGACUUGACUGGACCAAAACAAUACUUGUGGGAACAAUCACAUAGGACGAAAUAUUAUACAGGAGAAAACCUUUCAUUUUAUUUACACCAUGAAGUUUCCAAGUGUGUUUACAUGAUUUAUGUGUUUGCGUAUGUUUGGAAUAGCCAAGACCAACUCUCAGAUCUCCAAAUAAAUGUAUAUAAGCUGUGCUGGAGGCAGAACGUUCAUAUGGUUCCAAGUUCAGCCCUCAAAAUAUCACUAUGUGAUAAUCAGGAAGAAUUUAAUCUGCUUGAUCCUGUACAACACCUGAACCUUUUCUCAUGCUGUUCAAACUAGACUUCUGGUUCCUGCUAUUUAGUACAAAGGACAAACUGGGAUACAAGUCUUCCUCAGGAAACCAAGUUGUACUUUAAAGGAAUAGUUCACCCAAAAAUGAACAUUACUUUUGUCAAUGGUAGUAGGGUAAGUUUGGCAGUAUAAAUCACCAUUCACUUUCCUUGUGUUCAUGAAAGAAAGAAAAAUUCUGGGUCGGGAAUUGUAACGACAUGGGGUUAAAUGGUGACAAAAUUUUCAUUUUUGGCUAAGCUAUUCCUUUAAGUACAUAACAUAUUUUUUAAAUAGCUCUGAAAUAAGUAGAAGAUAUUGUGUCUAUACCUGGCAAGGAAUUUGUUUUCUGUUUAACAUUUUAAUGUCGUGACUGCCCUCAAUCCAAUUACAGUUCACCUUCUUGACCACCAAGGGGCUCCAUUGAGCUAUUUUACACAGAAUUGGGAUCUGAAACAGGUCGCUGUUUAUCACAUGAGCAAAUAUUGCUGCUCUGUCACAUUCUUUAGGUUUAUGCUCUCUGACAUCAUUGGAAUCUGUCCUCUUGUUUCAGAAUGACUCUAAUAAUUAUGUUUAUGUAAAACAGAAACACGACAAUGAAAGUACAGAAUUCUGUUUUUCCCUCUUAAAUGAAAGGCGUAGACGUGUAUCCCCAUGUUAAAAACAUAAAUCAAUUUACACUUGGUGCAAUAUUGUCAUAAAACAUCAGAAUUUAGCUCUUUGAUAGUACAUUUCCAUUCCUUGCAAAUGCGAGACACAUUGCAGAUAUGCAGAAUCAGUCUAUGAGUUAAAUUUUGGGAGAAAUUUUACAUUUAAAAAGGCCAAUUAAAGGAACUCCCUGUCAAGACCAAGCUUAAAAUCAUAACAAAUCCUGUGUGUAUUCCUUGACAAGAGUGAUUGUUUUGCUAAUUUCUUUGAAAUUUCCAUCUCAAUUAGCUAAAAUUGAAGGGAUUCUGUAGGGCAAAAUCAUUUGCCCUUUUGUUUUAGAUGUCUAGGGAUGUAAAAAGCAUAGCCAAGGCAAUUUUAACACUAUACAUUUUUAUGUUGCAUAGAGACAUUUUAUUCUCUUCUUGCUCUGGCUUCCUGUAAAUACUGUUAUUAUAAAGAUACAUAUAUUUAUGAACAUUUAUGGGAGGAUUUGCAGUGUAUGCACUAAUUGGUGAGGUGUACGUUAUUGCUGUAAGUCUUUGCUUUUUCUUUGUUUUAGGGCAUUUUGGAAGGAAGUGAUAAUUUUGUCAGUGAUGUCUAGCUCACAUCAGAUGUUAAGUCAGUUUGCAUGCAUGUUGUAUGACAACUGCAGUAGCCCCAAAAAGUAUUUGGACACUUAAACCACACUUAAAAAUGGAUGUCAUUACAUUAGAUACAAGAUGUCAGUCCAAGUGGCUUUAAUUUUAAAGAAAGAUAGCACACAAAUUUAAAUGUAUAUAUUUUCAAGUGUCCAAAUACCUUUUGGCUCCAAAUUGAGGUUGAGAGGGCUUGUAUGUUCAGUACAAAAACGAUGGUGUAAUAAAGUUAUAUUGCACGUUUAGUGAGUGAUGUAAACCUAUUCAUGACAAUUAUAAUAUUUAUUUUUUGAGUCACUGAAAGGAAAGUGCUAGUUACAUUUCAUCAUUGUUUUUGGAGAAUCAAACUUGCCCAAAGUCUGGUCUUUCCGUCAGAAAAUAUAUUUGAAUGUGGUCACUGUGUCAAAAAAAACAAUUGUCUCUUUAAGAAGAACUAAAGUUGUUUUCAAUUUUAUUUUUCUAAUUUUCCACACUCAAAAAAUAUGCCAAUGAUUUUUUUCAGGAAAAUCCUGUUUUUCAUGAUUAAAUUUGAUACUCUUCCAAUUUUA